CUCUCUCUCUCGACAACUCAGCUCAGAACUUCACUGCCACAAACAACCAUUGAUAGUGUGGUGGGGAUCAUCUAAUGCGACCAAUCAGGCGAGCGAUUGUAAUUGGAAACGGUAUGGCAGGUGCAGAGAAUCAGUGCAUCGGUUUGGUUCGUGCUCUGGGUCUCUCUCAUCGACAAACUCUAUAUCGUGUUACUAGACCAAGAGGAGGAAUCAACGAGUGUUUUAGUUGGCUGCCAGUUUCUCUCCACCAAAACUUAGGCCUUGUCAUAAAGCGAAUUUGUGGAGAUUCACAACUCCAAAUUACUAUCAAUAGAAAAAAGUUGUUGCCUCUUCCUGCUGAAAUUAAAGCUGUUCUACCAGAUAUAAUAGAAGCUGAUGCAAAGAAAAUUGCAACAAUGGCUUGUCAAACGUUUGAAAGGGAUGGCCCAUUAUUGGUGGUUGCAUCUGGCCGAGACACUAUUUCGGUUGCAAGUUCCAUUAAAUGGUUAGCUCCAGAAAAUGUUUUUCUUGUUCAGAUACAACAUCCCCGAUCACAUUUGAAUAGGUUUGAUCUGGUUAUAACUCCACGCCAUGAUUAUUACCCAUUGACUCCUCAAGCACAAGAGCAGAUUCCUUGGUUCCUCCGUAGAUGGAUAACUCCUCGUGAGCCUCCUGACAGACAUGUUGUCCUCACUGUGGGAGCUCUUCACAAGGUUGAUUCUAUUGCACUAAAUAAUGCUGCUUCUACCUGGCAUGAUGAGUUGGCACCACUUCCAAAACCGUUGCUUGUGGUCAACAUAGGAGGGCCUACAAGCCAUUGUAGAUAUGGUGCAGACCUUGCAAAGCAGUUAACAACCUCCCUGCAGGAUGUUCUUUCAAGUUGUGGGAGCAUCAGAAUAUCUUUCUCUCGGAGAACUCCGAGGAAGGUAUCUGACAUAUUAAUGACAAAAUUUAGCAAACAUCCUAAGGUUUACAUCUGGAAUGGCAAAGAUCCAAAUCCGCACAUGGGACAUCUGGCUUGGGCUGACGUUUUUGUCAUCACAGCUGAUUCAGUUAGUAUGUUGAGUGAGGCUUGCAGCACUGGGAAGCCUGUGUAUGUUAUUGGAGCUGAGCGCUGUACAUGGAAGUUUUCAGACUUCCAUAAAUCUCUGCAGGAACGCGGAGUGGUUCGACCUUUCACUGGUAACGAAAAUCUAUCUGAAAGCUGGACUUAUCCUCCACUGAAUGACACUGCAGAGGCAGCUAGCCAAGUGAUUGAAGCACUUGCUGAGCGUGGAUGGAGAUUGCAGCCAUAGUUGGCUAUGCUUUUAGUUACCACGCAACCGCAUCCGUCUUUGUGAAGGUUAUAUGAUGCUUGGAAUAGCUGCAAUUAGCUAAACUUGGAAUUUUUGCUUGGUAUGAUGCUUGGAAUUUGAUUCAUUAUAUCAUCGGAAUGACUUGGGUUUGAGUUUGGUGCCCGACUUUGCUAUUUUCUAUAUGUACUACAUCACUAAUUUUUAUCACUGGGGCUCUGAAACUGCUUGAAAGGUGCAGAAUAGUAGAGAGACUGAGAAGAACAAAUAGAAGGUGUCAUAUUUUUCGGGCCUGCAAGUAUGAGAAACAUAUGUCCUCAACUCAAAAAAGCAUUUAUUCCAACUAUUUGGUGUCGGCUACCUGCAUUAUAUUUUUUCAUGUGUUCUAUCAAGUAUCAUGUAAGAAAUAUAUGUGCUUUCUAUGUUAUUCCCUUGCAUAUAUAAUUG